GUCGUAUAUACGAUAUAUAAAUAUAUAUUUGGAAAUUGAGGCUAUUCGGGCUCUAUCAUCGGAUUUCUCGUACCUAUAAGCUAUUAACGGUUCUUCGAGCGCAAAGUGAGAACACAUCUGUCGUGCACAGACACUCUCUUGUCUUGAAAGGGACGAUUCUGGAGCUCUGUCGCCUUCGCCUUGCCGUGCACGCGUCGAAACCUCUCCAAUUCCGAUCAUCCCUACCACAAUAAUCGCGUCAAACCCCAUCUUUGCGCGCUUCACCCGUUGACGCCAGUUACAAUUCGACUCAUUGACUGGUGCAACAUACUCGAAAAGCUCUGAUACCGUGUGCGUCGUAAUCGCCAACUUUACGCGACACCGAUUGCACAGCGCAACAAUGGAUUCGAAGCGCAAGGCCAACGGUGCUGCAUCUACAGCAGAUGAAUUGGACGACCGUGGCACAAAGAGGCGUAAAGUAUCAGAUUCAGUUUCCAGUUAUGGCGAGACGUCAGAAUCAACGUCAGAGGUUGGCUUGGAAUUGCUGGAACAGAUUAAGAAUACCAGAGACAAAAGAGGGCGACCUGCAGUUAAUGACUUUCUCUCUCUACCCAGUAGAGAUGCCAUUCCCGAUUACUUCAAAAGGACAAAGAUGCCCAUCGCCAUCGAUAUGAUCGAGGCCAAACUAAACAACCGCGAAUUCCCUACGCUUACGUCGCUGGAGAGUUUCUGGAAACGUCUGGUCCAAAAUGCCAAAGACUACAAUGAAAGGGAGUCCCUGAUACACAAAGAUGCUGAGCGCAUCCGCAAAAUUGUUACGGCUUUCAUGCAAAAGAAGAACCCGGCAUAUAAGGACCCUAAGUACCAGUCAUUCCCGACACCGAUUCCUGACGACGGUACUGCGAUUGCAGUGGAAGAUAUUGACGCAGAAGGCGAAAGUGACCAUGAGGUGACGGGCACAGAAAUUGAGGCUUCUAUGACGCCUACCUCGGAGAUUGCUAUCCCCGGUUCUGCCAAACGAAGGCCAGGGCGUCCACCGAAGAAUCCCGUAGCUUUCGAGCUGGAGAGACAGCGACGAGCCACUUCCACUCCAGGUGGGCAGGAUGGAGUCGUCAAAGUCGGCGGUUCGUUCAAUGGCCUUAACUUUCAGCAAGCACAAGAGAAAAUUGCCGAAGAGAUGACUCACUACAAGGAGGAUGAAGAUGAUGAGUAUCCAACCUUCGAGCCGUUUAUCAAACUUCCAGACCGCAAGCUUAAAGAUUACUAUCAAGUUAUCCCUAAUCCUGUCAGCUUCAAUACGCUGAGAAAGCACAUACGCGGUAGCCACACUAGAAGUGAAACCAUUGGCACUUCUGAUUUCAAAAGCUGGGAUGCCUUCGAAGAGGAGGUUUCAUCUAUUUGGAAGAAUGCUAAGCAUUACAACGAGGAUGGAAGCGCCAUCUCCGCACUUGCUGACAAUCUCGAGAUUUUCUUCAACAAACGCCUUGCCGCAGCGAAGAAGGUCGUCCAAGAACCACCCCAGCAAAAGCUCAAGUUGAAGGUUUCGGCUCCAGAAGCUGGGCCCAAGAUAAUGCUACGUAUGGGUGCCAAAGGAAGCCCUGCUGAGUCGCUCAGGGAAACGCCCCCAACAAUCACUCCCCUCGCAAAUGGUGCUUCGUCGAGGGAAGCAGCACCUGGUAGCGUGGUCCGCCCAGCUUCAGCAGUUGGUCAUAUUGAUAGAGGACGAAGCAUAUCUGGCUCUGUAAACUCGCCCACGCUGUCAGUAUCUGCGUCUGCGCCGGUAAAGAGCGAGGAUCGGCCAUCCCCUUCGAUGCAACCCUCCUCAGUGGCCGGCGUCCAGGGGUUACCAGCUACGCAAAUGAAUAGCGUCUCUAUGGCGCCUCCUACAGGACUUGGUCCUGCAGUGGCGGCGAAUGGACAUCAUUUAAACGGUACCGCCCCAGGUUACGGCCACAUGCAGCCUUCUCCAUAUCAACCCCCGCCAGUCCCAACAUUCGACUCCAAGUGGCGUCUUCCAGGAAAAGAUGCAUCUGAUUCUAUGAUAACCAAUCUGCAUCUAUCCACCCACCCCGGACUCCACUUAACCCGCCAUUUCCACAUGGACCUCCCGCCAUCGCCGACGAUGACACAGCAAAGCAUCACGAUUAAUCUGCCGCAUACACACUACUACCUACAGAUAAAGCCGACUAUUGCUAAUUCGUUGAUGGAGCGCCAGCACAAGCUCUUUGUGACCUCUGGCACACAACGCCUAGUCGCGAUGCCGCAGGUGCCUGGGCAGCCAAUCGAUCACAGAAACCCCCUGUUUGAAGCACGCCUUCUGCCAGGAGUGAACAGAAUCGAGGUGGAGCUGAUUGCUGCACUUCCCAAGGGAGCAUCGAGGGCAGCCAGUGGUCAGGAGGUCGAGCUUGAGAAGGUCACCAUAUUUGCGAAUUUAUUGAGAUAGAAGGGUACAUGGCCACCGUCGUGUCGGUGUGUUGGGGGCUUGUUUGCACUUGUACAACCAGCAUACAAAUGAGGUCUUGGGCAGGUACUAGACUGGCUAUUGGGAGUUUUAUGGGGGUUGGGUAUACGGAUUUGUUUCUUAUAUUGAUGGCAUGGGUGGAGUUGGUUUUAACGAAGACCCAAAACGAGGCCUUCAGUCAUAGUGUACAGAAUAGAUAGUCUCUAAGUGGCAAGAAUGAGAACCGUUCAAUGAGAU